UUGGAGAAAUCUGAGCAAGCCAACGCCAUCGAUUAGAUCAAGACCUUUUGAUAUUGUAGUUUUGGAAGCUUUUAGGGUUACGUCUCAUGAUGAGAAACGAUAUAAUCAGCGAACUUCCGGAAUCUUUGAUAACUCAGAUACUUUUAUGGCUUCCGACCAAAGAUUCUAUUAAAACAAGUGUUUUAUCGACCAGAUGGAGAAAUCUUUGGCUUAAUGUUCCAGGACUAGAUUUAAACUCCGAUGACUUCCGUUUCCCUUACAGAGAUAUCAUCAAGAACUUCACUGAAAGAUUUCUAGAGUUUAACAGUAUGUCAGGCCUUCAAAAGUUCAAGAUGAAGAAUGAUUACGGCAAAUACAAUGUGUGUAGCGAAAGAUUAAAGGAGUGGAUCGCUACAGCGGUUGAUAGCGGGAUUCAACAUCUAGAUUUCGAGACCAAAAAUCCUCUGCUUCUCAAAGAUUUAAUGCCUAUGAAUAUUUAUAAGAGCAAGACAUUGGUGUCUUUAAAGCUUGUAUGCGUAGAGCUUGAGAACCCAAAGUUUGUUGUUUCUCUACCUUGUCUCAAGAUCUUGCAUCUUGAAAAAAUUUGGUAUUGUUAUGAUGGUCCUUUAGUUGUGGAGAAACUCAUCUCAGGGUGUCCUGUUCUUGAAGAUCUUACCAUGGUAAGGAUUCAUGAUGCGGAUAUACAAGCUCUGCCUCUUUUACAUGUGAGGUCUCUGACUCUGAAGAUCUUCCGUUUAAUGUUUAAUUUGGAGAUGACUACUAGACCUAUUUUGGUGGAGAUUGAUGCUCCAAAACUCAAGUAUCUAAGUUUUAAAGCUAGGCAAUCUGAUAAAAUCAUGGUAAAGAAUCUGAGUUCAUUGUUCAAGAUAGACCUUGAUACUGAUUUUGGCGGCAGUUCCUUGGAACCCCAUGAUUUAAGGAAGAGAAGAGAUAUUAUUCGCGACGUUCUCACUGGUAUUUCGAGUGUAAGACAUAUGAUCAUCUCUCAACGUACUCUAGAGGUCAUACAUGGUUAUUCAAAACUCGGACCGAUUCCCAAAUUCCAUCACCUAACGCAUUUGAAGGCCGCAUUCUCCAGCACAUCGUUACAACUAUUGCUCGCCUUUCUUGAGAGCUGCCCAAAUCUUAAAAACCUCAUAUUGGACUUAUCUGUUUCAACGGAGCCAGAGCGAAUCGAUAUUACCAAUGUGCCUCGGUGUAUAACAACGACUCUGGAGUGUAUUGAGAUUAACAAACUGAUAAGGAAGGGAGAAACUGGGAUUAAACUAGUUCAGUAUUUUCUUGAAAAUUCACCAAUCCUUAAGAAAGCCAAGCUGAGUUUUACAGAUUCUCCUAUGAGUAUGACCAAUCUACCGUUAGAUCGGGUCUUCAAGAUGUAUCUUACAUCCAGAAAGCGUUCUCGCAGAUGUCAAGUUAUCAUUUCUUAUCAUGCAUCUGAUGUCAGCGAAGGCAUGAACAUUGUCAUUGAACAAAGAUGUAGAAGACUAUUCUUAUGAAAGUUGCAGUUAGGCUUAGCAUUUUGUAGAUACGGUUUAUUAGGUUUAAAAUGGGACACCUAGACUAUUGAAUGAAUGUCUUCUU